CUGGUAUUCGAUCGGCGGUAUUCGAUCCGGGUGAAAUAAUUUAUUCGACACACACACACAGACACAAACAAGCAAUCGCACAUAAAUAUAUUUAGACACAGGCAUAGACAGAGUGCAAAUUGGUGAUACCGGUCAACUUGAUUAUACGACGAAGUCAAUCCCCGUUUAUAUAUUUUCCCGAAAUCGAUUCAAUCAUAUGUAUAUAUAAAUGCGUCCCGAUGGCCGAGCUAAUUAUCAAGUGUAUAUUUUUCCUUUCGGUUGUCCCAUUUUUAACGACAAAUGCCAUUUCCGUAGCAGCUAGCGUCGUGCCGUUUGAGGAUUGUGGUUCGAUUUACUAUCUGGAGAGCAUCGAGGUGUCGGACUGCUCCAGCUAUCCUUGCCGAAUCGUAAUUGGAUCGACGGUCAACGUCACGACCAAUUUUUUGGUCCAAGGGACAGCUUACGAUUCUGAGGAACUCGUUCAGAAUGUCUAUUUCGUGGUAAGUUCGAUCCAACUGCAGGCUCAGGUGAGUCCAGACCCUUGCACGGCGGUCCAAGGAUCGAACGCUUGUCGGUUGGAAAAUGGGAGACGAGUGAAAUACCAAGCUGCCGUCAGAGUCGACAACGUGCCGCCGUUACGUGGGUCGCUCUGGUGGACGAUGACAAAUUCGGCCCAUGAGCUGCUCGUGUGUUACAAAUUGACGGUCAUCUUCACGCUCGCUUGAUCUCGAGUUUGAAUCAAAUCAACUUUUCAAUUUUUCUGUUCUACUAUUUUUGCAAUUUUUUAGCUGUUUUCUGUCGCCUUUCCUCGAUGCUUUUCUCCCUGUUCAUUCCUAUUUUCAAAAUGUCUGUAAAAUUGGUAAAUAAACGUGUUCGAAAAUGAA